AGCUCUUAGGAAUUGUGACGAAUCAGAGUCAGGGUUGGGGCAGUCUCUAGAAACGUGUCUGUUGAGACUCAAAUGUGCUCCAAGACGACAACAAUUGCGGUGUUUAUUUUGUGAUUUAAUUUUGACGUUAAAGAAGGCAAUUUUUAUCUUAUUUUAACAAUGAGAACCUAAAUUUAAAAAUGACAUCCAUUCAUUUUGUUGUUCACCCUUUACCUGGCAGCGAAGAUCAGCUGAAUGAAAGGUUAAAGGAAGUUGCAGAACGCUCAAAUAGAUGUGGUUAUAAUGUUCCUAGUGUUCUUGCUCAGCUUAAAAGUGCUGCUGUUAUACAAUGUGUGGUGGGACCGACUCAUGUAGCAUUUCUGUUGGAAGAUGGCAGAAUAUGCCGCCUUGCAUUCUCUGUUGUGUCAGAUCGCCUUGACUUGAGCAAGAAUGAUGCCUCCAAAGCUUUAAAUUUGAAAGGAUCUAGUAGCUCUAGUUCAACCACUCGUACUGCUGUCCCUCGAAAUAGAGGUCGUAUUUUACGCACUACAGCUGGAAGAGGAAGUAGAGGCGGUAGUGUUAUCAUGGGUUCAUCCAGAUCUGUGGUUCCUGCACCAUAUGUCCCAGAAGAACUUAUUUCACAAGCACAGGUUGUUCUUCAAGGCAAAUCACGCAAUCUUAUUCUCAGAGAACUUCAAAGGACGAAUUUAGAUGUAAAUUUAGCCGUAAACAAUUUGUUGAGCCGAGACGAUGAAGAAGGAGAAGAUGCAGACGACAAUCAAGAUUCUUACAUGCCCGGAGGUACCCUUUUAAAAUGUUUGAUUUUACAGAUCAUGCUGUAAAGCCUUUUUAACAAGAG